AUGGCUGAAGCUGCUGCACCAUUUUUUGCUGAAGUUGCUGGUAAAGACGAAUCGAGUGUAGAACGAGAUGAAAUUGCUGCAGGCGUUGAAUUUGAUGGUGCUAGCACAACAGCAACAAUUCCUGGAAAUAAAAUAAAAAUGAAACAUGUACAUCAGAAAGUUGUUUUCAAUGAUGGAACAGCUGCUGGUGUUUUAAGCAAUUUGAUGGGUCGUACGCGCACGAUGCAUUUGCAUGAAGCCGACGUCACAUUGAAGUCGUUGGGAUUGCUGCUGCCGUCACCAAUUGAUAUGAUGCCGUAUCGGGUUGAUCCGUUUCGUUCAACGCUAAUGACGUUACAUGAAAAACCUGAUAACUUUUUGAGAAUCCUCAAAAAGGAAACAAUUUAUGUCACUGGUUCGAAGCUCAAUAUUUUCGGGGCAUCGACUGGUGAUUUUAUAGCUGCUGAAUUAGCUAGGCAAGCAGCAUCCAUGGCAGCUGAUGCUUUAUUUGAACGCUUCAUCCUGUGGUCGAUAGAUGGUGAACCGAUUCCAAAUGAAAACUGCGUGGAAUCUGUAGACUUUUUGCAGUAUCCAUCUAUACAGCAGUUUGGUGUUCUGUGUGGAUUCUUCAAAGAUCUGAAGUUGGACUUGGAACCUGAAGGCAAGGCGAUUCUAGCUGAACAAUCCUUCAACUUCCGCGUUGCUGGAAGUCAAGAAGGUGUGCUGGACAACGUUUCGGCUCGAUUAAAUAAAAGCGCACUUGUUUCUUAUCGAAUUACUGGAUUAUGUGCUUUAAUCGAGGCAGCAUUUAAUAUGAUAGCUCAAUACGUAGCAGAAUACGUUACUUUCGGCACAGGUGUAGCAGAUGAGGAAUUUUUCCAUCGUGCCUUCAAAAUUGCUGAAAAAAAAUAUGGUUUGUAUAUACGGAAAGAGCAGCGGUUGAUGAUUGAUACAGACAUUUGCAAGCGAGCUCAUGAUGUAACAGUCCAGAAUGUAGCACAAUAUAUGGCUUUAAUGAAACUAAAUGCUGAAGAUAGAAAAAAUUGGUUCACUCUAACGAACCGAUUGGCGAAAACAACAGUGCGACAUAUUGCAGGUGAAGAAAAUAUUGAAGUAACUGAUUCAAAGAAUAAUAAUGUUUCAUUGAACAAUGGCCAGAUAACAGGCUUACCAUUAACAAGAAAGCAGCAAAAUAUGCUGCGAAAGGGUGAUAGCUAUAAAGCCUCAAUCUUGUUACAUAAUUCUUUAGUAUUUAUCAAAAGUGGGCUCUAUGUCAACAGUUCCCUGAAAAAAGCCAGUUCAAUAUUAGAAAAAAAUUUUCUAAAGCCUUUAGUGCAUAAUGGCUUGCUUAUUGCAGUAGCUGACGGUCUCAUUUGCCGAAGAACCAAAGCUACUGUUUACAUUAAAAUGAUACCUUGUAAUGAUGAUGAUAAUGUAUCGUUUCACAGCGCAGGUGUGAUAAGUGAAGAAGUGUUGGAUAUUCUUCGUCUUGAACGAUAUCAAAUUUUAAAUAUUGAUAUUUCAUCAGUUUUCCAACGUCAUGUGCUUGCAAAUCCACAUGUAGCUUCGAGUCGUACAUGUUCAAUAUCGGCACAAGAAAAGGAUCCCAGUUGUAGCCAAAAUAUUACAUCAAGUGACGAUGAUCACACCAACGAUCCAGAACAACAUGAAGACAAUGUAGAACAUUUAAGUUCAAACAUUUUGGACUUACUGCAUAAUUUUUCUGAAGUUAGUAACGAUAGCCUAUCCAUUGUAUCUCAACUAGUCGUACCGCACGAAGAAAUCAUCGAAGAGCAAUGUGAAACACAAGAUGAUGAAAGUACAAACGUAAGAAUUUAUCAAAACUACAAUGAAUUUCGAAUGAAUCUUAAAAACAUAUAUAAUCCUCAUGUCAAGCAUAAUAUGUUUUUAUUUUAG